GUACUAGUGUGAGCUCCUAAUUGAAAAGCUGUGAGUGUUUUUAUUUCCGUCCACCUGACUGACACCCGCGCGAAUUUACUUAAAAUGUUGCGGACAACUUCAGUUCCCCUUCAGUGGUGUUAUACUUUUAACUUCUGUCUCAUAUAAGACCAUUUUAUAUCAAAGCUAGCACCACCAGCUAGCUUAAUUGAGCUAACAAGCGACACGGCUUAGUUAGCUACAACGGUAACUCCUAGCUGUUUGAAAGUACCACCGGUAACGGUUGUCAGUGAGCAGCAGGAAGAUAACGGUGAUAUCGGGGAAUAUGAAGUUUCACCGCCAACACUGGAGACUGUUUUCAGGACAAAGCGGAUUAUUUUUUUUACUCUGCGCAGGGGAGCACAGAGCAAACACAAGAGUGACAAGAAGACGAAGGUGUUAAUAUUGAAGGACAACUGCAACCAAAAUGGCGACGGGUCAGUUUACCUUUUUUUGGCCGUCAGUUGGCAACAGGGUUACGGUAAUGUUAUCUACAGAACCUGAACCAUGGAGAGCAAUUUAAGGGACAUCUUCUGAACAGAUGCGUUGGAGGAAUAACAUGGCGUCCCUCCUUAACACCUCCGAGAGCGGUUUAUUCGCCGCAUUGUUUUUUUUUUUUUUAAGGAAAAUACAACGACCUUUGAGGAGUCCAUCACAAUUCAGGCAGAAGAUUAAUAAAGAAGCUCAUCUAAAGAUGGCAUCAAGUCUUCAUUUGAUUGCGGUCCUCUGUUUGACCAGUGGACUGUGGAUUGGAAAUGCGCAGUGUCAAGACUGCUGUGACCCCUGUAAGACCUGCCCUUCUGGUUGGACCCAGUAUAAAGAUAACUGUUACAUGUACCACCAUGCUCCAAAGGACUGGGCUGAUGCAGAGCGUGCCUGCAUUGCCCUCGGUGGGAAUUUGGCUUCAAUUGCUAACCUAGGUGAGCACGACUUUCUCAAAGCCCUGAUCAACAGAGUGACUGACAAAAAUGACCAAACUUGGGUUGGAGCCCAUGACACGACAAAGGAGGGUGUGUGGAUGUGGAGUGAUGGUAGCAAGUACACAAACUUUAAUGGUCUGUGGGGUCCAGGAGAGCCCAACAACGGUGGCGGGAAGGAACACUGCAUGGAGAUGAACUACAGGGGUAAACCUAACGACAAUGCUUGCACCAUAAAGAAACCUUAUGUUUGUGGAAGGCACCUGUGAAGAUCCCCGCCAUGUCCAUGUCCUGACACAUCUGCUAUGGUGAUGUCACAUCCCCACUGAUGAUGUCACUUCUGCCAGGGUGUCAAGCCUCGAUGACAUCACUGCAAGAAGAUAUAUUGACACUUCUGAUUUAUGAGUUGAUUCAAUAAACAGAUAAAUCCUG